AUGGUAAUUUGGAACUUGAUUCAUCAUUACCCGAGGAAUCACUUGCAUUCUGUUUUGUGCCGCCACUUUGGAAAUCGUAGUGGAACCGUCUGGAGUACUUUCUCACGACCACCAUCAUUUCAAAUUAAAGCACGUUGUUCGGCCUUGAUCUGCGCGGGAUCAUCUAAACCUUUCUCUGUGUGGACCAAAGAUAAUCCUUCUUGUUCAUGUCUGGGAUAUCUGCAUAGAUCUUUCACCAUUCCAAAGUUAAGUUUGCAUUCCUCAAUAAAUUUACUACAAGAAAAUGUUGAUGAUGUAGUUCACAAUAAUUUGGAAGAAAGCGACAACGAAAAGGAUGUUAAAAAUCGCCAGGAAAGGAUAUUGAAUAUAUCACUUGUCAAUACCAAGGAAAAUGAGAAAAACUGUGGGAGGAAAGAUCAAGAUCAGCAGAUCCAAGUGGAGAAAAAUUCUUUAGACAGUGAAAGUUUGAACAACUCAAGUACAAUUGCUGAGCGUGUAUCAGUGUUAGAAAAUGCAGACAAUUCUGCCGAGGGAAGCUUGUCAGAAACAGAGAAUUCUGGAAGUAUUUCACGGCAGAAGACAGUUGCACUUACACCAGGUAGCAUUUUCCCCUCCAGCAGCUAACAAUUCUGGGCUAUUGCCACCACCCCUCCCCCCCUCCUCAUUAAGGCCUUCAGUUUUCUUCUUAUCUCUGAACUAGGAGAGUUUGACAAAGUUGCUUUGAUCACUAAAAGACUUCCAUUGGAAAUGGGUUUUGCCCUGAGGAAUUUAAUGAAAACCUAAUGUUACCACUAAAACAUCUUUAUAUUUGCUUUGCUUUGUCCCUAUGUUGGACUUACUGAGACAAUGUGCAAGGUUUUGUCUGGUACAGUAAACCCAUGUUUCUCCUUUAUUUUACCAUUUUCUUGCGAUAAAACUGCAGUGGCACAUGGAAAAUCAUCAGUGACUGGACCCUAUAGAGAGGUGGAAAUUGAGCCCAUCCCAGACCUAACACCAUACAAUUCGCAUUGACGAUGUUUAGCGCAACACAGUGUUGCAAUAUUGUUGCAACAUUGUUGCAAAUGGAUGCAACAUUGUUCCAACAUUGCAGUGGUGUGUUUCACUAAAAACCAUUAUUGCCAAUCGUCUCGUUUAACAUCAUGUUUAUAGUGUUGUGGCUUUUUAUGGUUAACAGUACUGGAUCUACCAGUGAUUUAGUCACAAAUAAUAUUGCUCUUUUCUCUCCUGUAUUUGUACCUUAAAAAAUCACUGUUUGGUUACUUUUUUUGUUCUUCUUUCUCCAUAGGAAAAGUAAAUAAAUAUUUAAUUGGCUUCUUUGAAGAUAAGAAAGUUAGAAAAAUUGCACUUGAAAAUGGUAUAACUGGUAAGGACUCUUUACUAGUGCUUAUCAUCAUUACUGAUAAUUCAUAAACUAUGAUUUUAAAUCUUUCUAUUGUGAUUGUGAACCAGUUUCAUUUUUGUCGGCCGUCCUGUAUUUUAUUCAUUGCUACAUGAGUCGUUUUUGUGUCAUUUAAAAGUCUCGAGGGUGUUUUGUACGUUUAUAAGGACAUUUAAGUGUUUCCUUAAACGUCAUGGUAAAUUAAGUGGAUUUUCUCUUAAACAGAAUAGCAAUAUGGACAGAGUUUUUCUCAGUUAUAAAGAUUGAAAGCUUAUUGCUGAUGGCACACAAAAUGACUUAUUAUUUAAUUUCUUAUUCUUAAGUGGCAGGUUUAUUCAAAUUUGAUGUUUGUUAGUCUAACAUUGGCAUUCUUGUUGAACCUCAACGAGGAUGCCAAAAAACAGACAGGAAUAUAAGAAGUGUAUGUUUGUAGCUAUAUAUAUAUAUAUAUAUAUAUAUAAUGUCUUCUUACUUUUCUCAUUUUGUUUUAACUUGUUUUAGGAAAAUUAUUUCACCAGAUUUUUCAAGAAUUCAGAAAAAAGAUUCUUUCACAGAUGAAAAAAGGAAACAGGGAAAUGUUGAAAAAAUUCAGUAAAUUAUAUCAUGACUCUGGUAAGUCUGCAUAAUUUGAGGGUAGAGGGUAAUUUCAACCAAUUUUAUUAUUCUUAGAGUCUGACCCUGACAGUGAUCCAACAGCUCAAGUACUAAUAUAUAGAGGAUUUUACACGGUGGCGUGAAGAUAUGAAUUUUAUUGUUCUUUUUAUUAUAUAGACAAAAAGACAUCGAUAAAAUAAUAGAGGGAAAUUACCGAAAUUACGUUAUCGAUAAACUCACGUGUGAGAUAAUGGAAAAUAAACUACUUGGGUCCCGGAUGUAGUUUUUAUGAAUUUUACAAGUGGUAUGUCUUUUCGUAAAACAAUCGUGUCUUUAUAAUAAAAUGUGGUAUUUUUGGAAAUAUCCAUCCCCCUUAAAUAAAGUGACUACUAUUAACAAUAACUCCUUCUUUACGCAAUUGCAUAAAUUGCGUUCACUGCGACGAUCAUUUCUUCAUUUUCAUAAUAACUCCUCCACUGGAUAAAAAUUUUAGUUUGGUUACAAGCAAAAGCUAAGGACAUAACAUCCCCACCAAGUAGGGAUGGAUGUCAUUGUUUGGAUCUCUUUUGACUGACCUACAAUAAUCACUGUAGUUUUGAUUUCACGACAUCCAUCGUCCAUUUUUAAAAACAUUAAUUUAAUUUUUAAAUUCUGCAACUUAAUGUCACUUUGUUUAUCAUUUACAGACCAAACAGACAAUUUGUUGCCAUUAUUUUUGGCAUUUGCUCGUCGGGUCCAUCCCAUGUUAGACUGUAUUGAUGAGGUGAAAAAGAUAUCAGACUUGCGUGGUCCUGCAGAUCUGUGAGUCAAUAAAUAUUGCUCUCCCCUUCAAUAAAUGUUGCUGUCGGUGAGUGAUUUCUCUCAGUGAAACCACUUACCUGUGACUCAUGGUCCCAUUUAAAUUUUGAAUGAGUUUUUAUUAACUCCCAGGUGUUACAUGCAUAAAUAAACUACUUACUUACUUACUUAACAUUCUGAUGUCAUUUCUGUGGUUGUUAAGAGUAUAGAGCAUGGAAAAUUGUUGUCAAUUUCUUAAAAUAAUGUUGUUUUACGAAGAGUGGAAGUUAUUCCUUUCACAAGUUAUUCUCUUUCCAUUGUAAUGUUUUUUUUUUUAUUAGAAAAGACCAUGUUAGAUAUUCUUGCUCAAAACAGAAGUGGCUGGACUAAGGGGUCACAAACUCUGUAUUACAGUUAUGAAACUCUUACUUUUGACUGUGUUAGGUUUCCAGAAGCAAGAGCAAUUAAAAGGAAAAUUAUAUACCAUGCUGGUCCCACAAACAGUGGCAAGACUCAUUCUGCUCUGGAAAGAUUCCAUGCUUCUGAUUCUGGUGUAUAUUGUGGACCACUGAGACUUCUAGCAACAGAGGUGUUCAGACGAACUAACGAGGCUGUGAGUUAAAAACUGUAUUUAGUGUUGUAUCAAACAUUAUGUAAGAUUACUCUAAGAGAAAAUGUAUACAGAUGCUAUGUUUACAGGACCAUUUCCAAAACAAAUUUGUCGUAAGAUACUAGAUGCUAGAACUAACUAAAGGCAAUGUGAUGGUUCAGUUCUGAAAAGUAAAAAGGGAAGUUAACGUAAAAGAAAAUUCAAGCCAGGCAAAGACAACUACCAAUUUGAAAAAGAGUAACAGUCUGAAACUCCAAGGUGAAAGUAAUGCAUUCAGAUACCUGUAAACUAGAAACAAUAUGCAAAUUCAAACUAGUAUUUAAAGUUCCGUAAAUAUUAUGCUUGCAUGUGAGGAGGCAAAAGAAUUUCAAAUUACAGAACGAUAGGCUCCAUUAUGAGAGAGCAGCAGAAAUCAAGCCCAACAAAGCAAAAAAUGGUAAAUUAGUGUAAUAUUAUUGCAGCAGCAUUAAGGUGAGUAUAUUAUCAAUUUUAAAUCAAUGGUGGCUUAACCAUAGGUGAAGCAGGGUCAGAGUUCUCACCUCCCACCAAAUAUGUUCCUGGGUUCAUAUUUAUCCUGAUGGUGGCCUUCAGGGCGCUUUCCAAAAUAACGUCAGAAAUGACCGGCCAGACCAAGGUUGGACCAGACAUUUUGGCAAUGAAAUAGGCUUUUUCCAAGAGGUUUUGCUGAAAAACCAUCUCCUUUGUGCAUAAUAUUUAGGAUUCGACUGAUCUUGAUCGUUAGUUUUGAUUAAAAGCGAAGUUCUUAUCGUGAUGGGAAAGGGCUAGCCAGUCAGUUAUGACAAAUGAAAAGUGCCCUCAAUAUGUGUGUUGGUUUGUUCUGGGGUUACCUUGCUCUGAUAGGGUGUUUGUCUGUGUUCUCCAAAAGACUUGAAUGAUUAUCAUGCUUGUUUUGAUUUGUUACCAACAAUCCAGGGAAUACCUUGUGACUUGUUAACUGGUGAGGAUAGACAGUGGGCCAUAUCACCUGAUGAACCUGCCAAUCAUAUUGCAGCAACUGUUGAGAUGUGUUCCACAAGAAGGCCUUGUGCGUGCUUAUGCUUUGGUUCUAUAGAUAAAAAGAUUUUUUAAGUACAUAAAAAUAAGCUGAGGUCAGUCAGUUGGAGAAGAGGUUUAAUAUAGGGGAAAGAAUUUGUUGGGUAAUCAGUGCUCCAAGUUCAACCUUUUUUCAAAGUUGCCUUUUGGCGACCUAAAAUUAUAAAAUGGUUGCCAGGCAUAUAUGUUAAAGUAACUGUUAAUUUUAUAUUUCAGGUAACUUAUAUUUUUUCUUUGUUUCAACUUCAUUGGCAUACAUUAUCAUGCCCACAAACAAAAGAAAAAAACAAAAAUUAUCUGAGAUAAAAAAUUAACUGCAACAUAUUUGUACAAUAUUGGUUGUCACAAUAAAGGGCAGUUUGUACAACAUUACAUGAAAGGUUUGAAAUAAUCAAAAUGGCUACCCAACUAUCGCAGGUGCACACGACAUCUCAGAAAACCCAGGAAGACAGAGUAUAUAUACAUGUCAAUUAAUAAUACAUGUAUUUCGUGGAAAUGUUUCUCCUUGAAUUCUAAACACUGAGUAAGAAACACUAUAGUGUAACAAUAAUAAUUAUUGAUCGUGGAACCAAGGUCACCAAAUUUUCCACUUUCACUGCAAUUCUAGCUAGUUGCCAAUUUUUUCCUUGCUAUGGUGACCAAAAUGGUUGCAGCUUAGAGUGCUGGUUAUAAAAUCUUUUCAGUCCUUAUUGUUUUUAAUCAUCACCAUGGAGAACAACUCAGACUUUGCUUAUACCAGUAGCAGGCAGGUUACCUGUAACCUGUGAGCCUAUUUAAAAAGUGGCCAGCUAGCUUGAUAUGAGUGACUGAAGCAUCCAACACCUUACUGUUGUCUUGGAGGUGGUGGGUUCAAAUCCCAGUACUUAAAGAUGGUAUUCUCUUUCUUAAUUAAGACUGAUUUGAGAUGAGAAAUUGUGAUGUGUUAUCUUAUGUUUUUUGUCAUUUUGGAUAGAUGAUUGUGCUGUCAUAGAUGAAAUUCAGAUGAUGAAUGAUAAUGAGAGAGGCUGGGCCUGGACACGAGCUCUGUUAGGUUUGUUGUGCAUUUUUUUCUCCUAUUUUUUGCUCUAUUCCUUAAUUACAUUUGACUUACUGAACAAGUUUUUUUUAACACCACACUGCUUUGUUUUUAUCAUCAUUCUUCUAUUGUGGAACCCUAUUUGUCUUCCUUUUCCUUUGGAAAUGAUUUGUUUUCAAUGGAAUGUGACACAGAAUGAAGAUAAAAAAAGUUACAUGUGUACAGGACAUUUAUUUACAGAUAAUAUAGAGAAGUUCACCACUGAAUAUUCAAUUUUACUUUUUACUUAGGUCUCCCAUGCUUAGAAAUUCAUAUUUGUGGUGAUGGCUCAGCCAUUGAUCUGGUAAAAAGGCUGAUAUCUUCCUGUGGUGAUGAAUUAGAGGUAAAUUAAAGUUCUACAACAUUAUUCAUAUUUAAGUAACAUGAGCAGACCUCUUCCAUAUUUCCUCUUUGCCAAUUUUAAUAAUGACUAACUUAGUUUUCAAAGUAUGGUCAGAACAGUUUGUGCUUAGAAUGUGUCUUAAAACAGUCUGGUCUUUUAGAAAUGCCAUUUCAUAUGCCUAGUAUGGGAAAUGCUUGCUACAGGUAAUCGGGGGACCUGGUGACACUUUGAGUUGGGGCUGAUUAAUCCCAGGGUUUUCUAACAAAGCUUUUUGGUGGACAAUUUUUUUUAGGUAGAACAUUUGACUUGAGAUGCACUAGUACUGCUAUCCAACUUCUUUCAAGGUCCAGCUAAUUGUUUUUGAUAAUGUUGUUUAAAUACAGGUUCAGCAUUAUGAAAGACUCUCUCCUCUGACAGUAAGGCCUCAUCAUAGUCUAGGUAAGAUGUUAUAUAGCAUGUGUGCUUCCUUAAUACUGGUGCCAGUUUUCUCUUGAAUUAGCUUGGAAAUCAGCCUGAUUCUUGCAUUUGGAUUGUUGGGUUCGUUCUGUGGUUUAAGCCGAUUUUUACAGCUGGUUGAAGCUAGCGAUGUACAACAAGUGUUCUAAUUCAUGAAAUUACAAUUUUAUACAAAAUGUGGUAACAGGUUAAGUUCUCCAAAAGUCAUCUCUCCCAAAGUUGUCCUUCAAAACCAGAGUUAGGUUGCCCAAGAAAUAAAGUUGAAUGAAGCAGUGUGUGGAAUAUAUACCUCUUAUUAACUGAGAGUGAGGUCAAAUCUCAGACAGAGACCUUGAUGUAUUGACUGAGUGAUAAUGAGGUCAGUACAUCAAGGCUGAGGUCGGAGAUUUCCCCGUAAUGACCAGAUGGAUGAGGUUAAUAAGUUAUUUAUUAUAUGUUGCUUUAUGAACUGAAACAAACCUGGCGAUGUGAUCAAAACCACAAGACACAGUUUCUUCGACAAUAAGAAUUUUAUUGGACCUGAGCCUGCGAUCAAUUAAAACUAAUAACUGGUCAGCGGAUAAGUUUUAAAAACACGUCACCUCAAUGAGUUAACACUUGGGUCCACGAUACAGUCAUCUGAUACUGGUCAGUGGAUACCUGUUAAUUGACCUUAACAUGCAUGGUCCACUAUCGAGUUAAUGUAUUUGCCUUGUACAACUAGCUAGUAAUGUCCAGUCAUUGCACGAAAAUCUUGCCCGUUUAGCAGCGAAUCAAAGAACGCGUUCUGCUGUAGCUAUAUAAUAAACUUCCUUCUUUAAGACAUGAUGAGACGAAACAAAACCAACACCGCGAUAGAUGUGUAAUAGGAUGUUAGGAUGUUGUUGAGCAUGAUAAAACACAACUCAGCAUUUCAGUUGACUAACUAUAAAUUUCAGGCCACAUAACUCUGCUUUUAGGGAACGUAACUUCGAAGGAGAUGACUUUUGCGGAACUUGCCCUUAAACCUAAAUUGCUGCACCUUCAUGCUUUAAUAUCAGAACUGCUGUCUUAUUUGACUAUUGUCACUUUUUAUUAAGAUGGGAGGAUCAGAAGAGUCAAGCCUGGAGACUGUCUGGUAGCUUUUUCUCAACGAGAUUUGUACCAGCUAAGAAGAGAGAUUGAAAAGAAUAGUAACCAGAAAUGUGCCAUCAUUUAUGGUGGUCUUCCCCCAGGUAACUCCUAAAAUUCUAAUAAUAAUACAUGCUUACAUCAUGUUUAAAUUUCUCUUGUGAGAGAUCGUGUAUUUUUGAUGGAAAAAGUUUUUUUUAAUGUUGCUUAAAACACAUGCAAGCCCUUACCCGUUCAGCUGCUCGUCUUUAACCUGAAGCAAAUUUUGAAAAACAUCGUAGAAUUAUUUCAUGUGAAAAGGCUGCCAUAUUGACAUCUUGAGGUUUUCCAUUUGAAGUUUCUGCUGAAAACCUAGCCCCAGUUGUUCAAAAGGUGGAUAAGGCUAUCCACUGGAUAGAAAAAUUGGUUUCCCUAAUUCCUAUCCAGGCGCGGAUCCACACUGGUUUCCACUGUUUUAUGGAAAUCGGUCUAAUGAAAAGACUUUCCAAGUUGAAAUCUGGUCAAUAUCCUGUCUGAAUUACUUUAAAACCCAGGAAACAAGGAAAGGGGACUUCUUAAAAGGAGUAAAAUCCCAAAACAUUUCAUCGGGGAGCCUGACGCCGGACCCCCUGGAAGUUUGUGCCUUCGGCUCUCGUUUAGGAAAUCGGUCAGUAUUGAUCCGCGCCUUCCUAUCCUGUGCCUAUCAACGUCUGAACAACGGGGGCCCGGAUGCUAAAUGCUUAUAAUACGAUAAUGGUAUACGUUUGUUGUAAGCAUGUCACACUUCUUCUGUAUUUUCUGUGCUAUCCCUCUUUUAUUAAUACUAUUAUAAUAAGGUAACAACUUUUAAUUUACUUUCAACUCUUUCAAUGUACAAGAGUAUUUGUAAAUGUCUUCUUUUGCAGCAACAAAAGUAGAGCAGGCAAAUAAGUUUAAUGAUCCUAAAGAUGAUUGUUCCAUACUGGUGGCCUCUGAUGCUAUUGGAAUGGGACUCAACUUGUAAGUUCAAUUUGUUGACUUUUGGGAGUGAUCUUUAGGAACCUUGCGAUCUGACGACGGCGACGGCAGUGAGAAAGUGCAAAAAAGCAAUAGGUUUAAUAGACAAAACAACAACUUUGUAUGUGCAUCAACUUUUGUUUUUCGUUUCUUUGCCGUCACUGUACGACUACGCUGUGAUAGGCUAGGCUAGUCGUGAGACAUUUUGCCUAGGUAUUUGUCUAAUUUCACGUUAUAUGGAGGACGUAAACAAGCGACCACAAGAUUUUCUUUCCCUUUCUGAACCUGGACAUGGUUCUUAGGAUGUCAACUCCACAAGAGUUCGCAUACAUUUGACAAAGUGAGUUAGAAUAAUGGCGAUCAAGAUUGAAAAAAAAAGCGUAUCCCCUUUUUAAACGCAGUUUUCACUGCCGUCGCUCACCUCGCGUCUUAAGGUCCCUUUUAAGUUUUUUUUCAGGAGAAUUGGGUCUUAAUUUGGCUUUUAACACUAGUGUCAUUUUCUGUUUCUUUUCAGCUAAAUGAACUACAUUACAGUCUACCUCAAGAUGAGUUUUUUUGACAUUUUCUAUUUCCCUUCUUUACAGAAAUAUUAAACGGAUUGUGUUUAGUACUCUGAUGAAGUUUGACGGGCAAAAUAUGGUACAACUUACGUCUACUCAAGCAAAACAGAUUGCAGGGCGAGCUGGAAGAUACGGUUCUAAUCAUCCUAACGGCGAAGCAUUAACGUAAGAACCUAAUUUUCAUUAAAUUCAUGGGCUCGUCACUGACAAACUCAGUAGCAAUGAUUUUUUACUCAAUAUGUUGUCACUGCGUUCGACGUUAGGAGAACACAACUCCUAAUCUUGGUAUUCCUGCAGUACUUGGUGUCCCUGUGGUACUCAGGGGUGACCUUUUCGGCAAUAUUCGUCGUUCGUGGAAUAUAAUCGUCCAGGAAGGUAUAGCCCUGAGGACUGUUUUAAACUUGACUGAUGUUUUGACAGAUAGCCUGUGCACGGUUGCCCCCUCCCCUCAGAAAAAAUCGGAGAAGUGGGCCCCUUCUCUGAUUUUUUUUUUUAGGGGGAGGGGAGCGGCUGCAUACAGGCUUUUGACAGAUUGUGCGGAAUUCAUUACCAGUGUUGAAGAACUUGGUUCUUGAACUUAAAAAUCAAUUGGUUGACGUUGCAACUACAUGUCGCUGCGAUGAAAAUUUAUUUCUUUUGUAGACUGAGGAAAGAAGAUGCUAAUGUUCUUCACUCGCUGAUAAAAGAUCCACCACAAGAAGUUAAGGUAAAUGUUUGUGGCUCUUCUCCAUUUCUUCUUUUGGCAGCUACACGAUAUCAACUGAGAAGUUAUAAAAAGUUUCUCGUAAAAUUACCCUAAGUUUUUCAAGUUUGUCCUUUGCAAUCCAAGUUAAAUCUCUCCCAUCCUCAGCCAUCUUUACUCCUUUAUAGUUUUUCUUUUUCCUUGGGGUUCUAUUUUCCCAAAUUAAUAUGUUGAAGCUUCCUUCGAAUUCAAGGUUUAUGUGUCGAACCUUAAAAUAUAAGGUCUCAAAGUAACGUUACAGAGGUGUUUUAAGUAGCCACAAAACUAACCAGCGUGAAGUUUACACGUGUUGAUUUGAAGGUACUAAAAAUUGUAUCCGAAACACAUCUAACGUCAACUGAGUAGACGAAAAAGACCUCCGAUUGUAUUUUUUAUUUUUUCAGGCUGCAGGAUUAGCACCAAGUAUGGAACAGAUUGAGAUGUUAUCUGAACAACUCCCGGAUGCAAGUCUAGUCAAACUCUAUGUAAGUUAACUCAAGCUGAGAAACUGGAAGAUGUAAAAUGGACAGGUUCCCCCACCUAGCUGUGCCUCUUAUACAGAAUCACAGUUUUUUUUCCUUGGGAUACUGUACAAAGUGAACCCCAGAGAAGUUCAUGAGCGGCUCGGUCUUUGCAAUCCGACAACCAUAUUCAUGUUCUUUCUAAUUGAAUUCGCCCUCUAUUAAAACAUGUCCAUUGAUUUGCCCGAAUUGACAUGCUGUUUAUUUUUACAUUGUAGGAAGUUUUUGAAAGCGUUGUUCAGUUGGAUGGUGCCAAUUAUUUCAUGUGUGAUUUGGAAUUCAAAAAGGUUGGUUUGUGCAGCUACAAAAAGUCCCCCUACUUUCACUUUUUAAAACUCAGUCUAUAACUUAACUCCAUUGUCUAUUUUUCAUUUCUGUCGUUUUUUUUUCUUUUUACGUUCUUCUCUAGAAAAUCGCUCUCAAACUGCGUGGAAUUCCCUUGAGCAUAACAGAACAAUACGUAUUCAGUACCGCACCAAUCGGCUCCAAGACCAUCGAACUUGCAGUCAAGGUACCACAUUUAAAAUAAUAAUAAUAAUAAUAAUAAUAAUAAUAAUAUUUAAUACUUAUAUUGCGCUUUUUCUAUAAAAAUACUCAAAAGCGCAUUACAAUAUUAUUAAUAACUAAAUUAAAAACCAGUAAAAUUACCCGAUAAAAUUACAAUAUUUAAAAAUAAAUAAAUAAAUAAAUAAUCUAACUAAAAGCCUUCUUAAAUAAAUAUGUUUUAACAGAGCGUUUAAAAGAGUCGAUUGAUGUUUCCUGUCUUAUUGGCAGAGGAAGACUGUUCCAUAAAAAGGGGGCAGCCAUCGAUAAAGCGCGAUCUCCCAAAGUCUUCUUCGUUCUUAGCCGAGGUCUUUCUAACAAUAUACCAUUAUUGUUGCGGCGUAGUUGGUAACGUGAGUCCGGUAAGACAGAGACAAGAUCCUUAAGAUAGCUAGGCGCAACACCGUGAAGAAUCUUAAAUGUAACAAGGAGAAUCUUAAAAUCUACGCGCAAGCGCACUGGUAGCCAUUGGAGUUCUCUUAGCAAAGGAGUAACGUGACAAUACUUAGGUGCGCAGUAAACCAAUCGAGCACUGGCAUUCAUGACUCUUUGAAGUUUCUUAAUUUGAUACUCAGGAGCACCGUACAAUAAACCAUUACAGUAGUCAAGCCUGCUUGUGAUGAACGCGUGAUCAAGCCUCUCGGUGGACUCACGAGACAAAUACUUCCUAAUGUGCCGGAUAUUGUACAAAUAAUAAAACGCGCUAGCACAAGUCUUAGACACAUGAGUCGACAUGUCCAGAUGAGAAUCGAACCAGGUGCCCAAAUUGCGCACUGAAGAGGCAGGCGAUACCUCAGCUUGGCCGAUCGUGAUCUUGUCAACGGACACCUUUGAUAACUGUCGUUCCGUGCCAAUGAUCAAGAACUCAGUUUUGUCGUCAUUUAGCAUUAACUUAUCAUCUCUCAUCCAUGCGCGAACGUCACCACAGAAUGCACCACAGUAGAGUAUUCCUCAUAGUUUUUAACCGAAUGGUCCCGUUUAAGAUUUGGAUCAAAAUAUAGAACCAUUUUCUACAAAAUUAAAAACUUUGAUUUCAUCGUCACACUUUAGCAUUUUAUGCAAAAACUACAAAGUUGAUAGCCUGCUCCAGGCUGUCGGUCAGUCCUCAGCCCCCACGCGGAUUUCGCUCAGUUUUUCCAGUACUUGACCCGCUUUCCUCACUAUCUGGCGUGGAGCCUAGAACAGUGCUUCUGUCCAAUAACUUUUCAGUUAGUUCCGUUUGAAUGGUGAUUCAAAAACUAUGCUAGAGCCACCUUGUACAGCACAGUGCCGAAUAGUACCACGGAGAAGUGCAGUCCAAGGUAGACACCUCCCAAAGGGUUGGUCACUGCUAGAGAUCUUCAGUCCUUUACUUUUACUGUCUAUAAGGCCAAGACCUCUCUAAGCCAAACACUUAUUGCUGGCUCGAACGGUGUCCUUCUUAGCGUCUAUUUAAGCCCGCGAGCAAGCUCUCUAUUUGGCAGAAUCGCGAGAAUUCACGCAAGAGACGCACGCGAAACGAGAUUUUGCUCGCAGGCUCCUUCUAUUUAAAAGGUCACACUCAAAAAUUUCGUUCUCAGAUUCAUAGCUUAGAAUCAUACCAUUUGGCUCUGAGUUUUUAAUCAAAAAUAACAUUGCUGAAAUUUAUUACCGACAGUUCGCCCAAAACGUGAGCAACAAACUACCCCUGACCUCCUCCAUGUUAAAAAAGAUAAUCCAAUGGCCUCCUAAGUCACCCAGGUCCCUGGAACAGCUGCAGAAUUUGGAGGCACUACACGAGGGACUGGAUCUUUAUCUCUGGCUCAGGUGAGUCGAGGGUGAAUGAGCCAGUCGUUAUUGGGGUCUUUGCUGUAUGUCUGAAUCCUUUUUUUUCUUUUUGCCCUUUUACUCUUUCUUGUUUCUCAUGGUGUUGUUGUAUCCUCUUUUUUAACACUCGUAAUUCUUGGUUCAAUUCGUCUUUAUUUAUUAAAUGUAAAUUCGAGGACUUUUGUUGCUUGUCCCCUUGUUGCUGUUCUGCAUUUUCUUCUGCUUCCUUAACAUAUGAGGUCUUAGUUCAAUGCGUCUUAAUUUACAAAACAUAAUCUUGGGCUCUAGUGCAGUAACUUUUAAGUAACUACUGGCCAACUCGAAAGCCUCUGCCACUUUGACCACUACAGUCAUGCAUACUAUGAACUUUUUAAAUUCCAUUUUUUCUAUUUAUGGGUAGAAGCGGCUGACACCUCGAUCCUUGGAAAAGAAACUUGCCCCACUUUGUCUGUCCUCACCCACAGGCUUUAGUAGUUCAAAAGGUGGAUAACGCUAUUGGCUAAGCACUGGAUAAAUCGCUAUCCAGUGGAUAGCGCAAAAAUAUUUCCCAAAUACGUAGCCGCUUGAUAGUGAUUUAUCAGGUGGAUGGCGCUAUCCAACGUUUGAACAACCGGAGCCUGUAUAAAUGGGCACCAGCGAUAUACUACCGGAGCUACGGCCAUGGACUAGCAGUCACAGUCCUCUAUUUUUCUGUAAGAUCGUCGAAAUCGAGCGCUUUGCAUUACGGGCUGCCAGCCCAUCUUGCAUGAGUGUCAAGACUACUUUAUAGGGACGGAGGCGGUUUGGGAGGAGGCGGGAAUUCGCCCCCCCCAUAGAGCUAUAAUCCUCGACGCCGGCCCCCUCGGUACAUUUGAAAGUCAAGAUGGCCGCCAUUAACGGUAAGAGGCGCUAUAUCUCGACAAUGUCCCGAAAAAAUAGGGGACUGUGAACAGUCUACGGAAUUUAGCGCCGGUCGUGUGGGCAUAAUGGUUCAUGGGCCCUUUAUUUUACCCUUACAUUUGUACAUGUAUCUUUGAGCAACAAUUACAUUGUUCAAUUUCAAAAGCGUUCAAGUAGUAUUAUUGUCCAAAUAAACUUUAUUGUCGUAGUUACCGUAUGUCGCACAUAUUUGUGGAUGUGGAGAACGCCUGUGAAAUGCAGCAAAUCGUGGAAGAUAUCAUAGGAGACGCCGUGGAGUCCAACACGCUUGGAGUCAUACAGCAACGCCGCAGACGAACACGUCUGAAUGACAGGAAGUUGGAAAAGUGGUUCAAGUAUCGUUAACUUGGGUACGUUAGGAUUCAAUUACUCAAUAUAUGUACCAAGCAGUUGUUAUGCAAAUUAGCCUGUGUAUAGAGUCCCCCUCCCCUCAGAAAAAAUCGGAUAAGGGGUCUUUCUCCGAUUUUUUUCUCAGGGGGGAGGGGGGGGGGUCUGUAUACAGGCUAAAACCGGCCGUUGUCGAGGUUAUUUUGGCAGUUGGGGACACGUUUUAGCGGCCGUUGCUGUUGUAGAGAGGUGGCCGUUGCAGAGAGGUUUAAGCAAGAGUCAAUGUAUAAACUGUCCGCAGGAGCAAAGAAAGCGGCCGUUGUAGUGAGUUGGCCGCUGUGGAGAGAUGGCCGUUAGUGGAGAUUCGACUGUAGUUGAUUGACGACGGCUGCCACGUUUUCCCGCCAAAAUGACGCUCGUUCACGCGCGCGCACCACUUAGUGUUGAGAAAAUCUUUAAAGAAAAUCUCGUUGUCGUACUCGUCCUCGUCCUCGUCCUCGUCUUAGAAUCUUCAAGGUCUCAGUAGCGAUCGUAGAACGUAGCACCUGGGAAAAUACUGAAAUAAACCCAACUUUAACCUUUGGUAAAUCGUCCUCUUCCUAUGCUUUCUUUGCAGGAAAAUUCUGUCAAUUGGUGAAAUUUUCUUAUGGCCUGUCAAGGACACCUACUUAAUGGCAUCCUGAGACUCGAAGUGAACCUUUAACCAUUCAUGAAAAAUGUGUACGGUUUUUGGUACUUUUUAUUCAACGUUCACCGACGCAAGUUUAACAUCUAAAUGCGAUGGUGAUGUUUGGUCAUAUUUUUGUAGCGACGAUAUAUGCGUUUCAAUAAAAAUAU